AUGGCUAGGGAUGUUGGGAUUGAGUCACAGUUAGUAGACAAGUCUGCUGUCCAUCGCAGUCUCAUUCGCAUACGUGGACGAGGUAAAUUUGAGUUAUGCUGUCCAGUCCCUCAAACGCGCCCGCUCCAAUCAAACUCUUUCCCCUUCACUGAUGAACGCACGGCGACCUCAUCUCGAUCGCAGCCGUACCACGUACAUGCAGAUUCAGGAACCAAUUUGUCACGCUUGGUCGAACAGUACCACCUUCGAUAUAAGCCCUCUAAGAAUGUUCCAAGAACGACGUCGUGGACGUUUAAUUGA